AUGGCCUUCCUCCGCCGCUCCGCCACCACCGCCGUCCUCUUCGCUCUCCACCUCCUCCUCCUCACCGCCUCCGUCGCGUCCUCGCCGUCGUCCUUGCCGGAGCAGCAGGACGACAUGCCGGCGCUGCUCCACCUCAAGCGCGGCCUCACCUCCGGCGCCGGCUCCGUCGACGCUCUCCGCCAGUGGUCGCCGGAGUCCGGCGCCCACCACUGUUCCUGGCCGGGGGUCACCUGCGACGACGCGGGGUCCGGGCGCGUCGUGGCCCUCGCGCUCCCGUCCCCACCCGGCGGCCGCCUCGCAGGGGAGCUGUCCCCGGCGGUCGCUCGCCUCACCGAGCUCAAAUCGCUCGCCUUUCCCUCGGCGGGGCUCCGCGGCGAGAUUCCUCCGCAGCUCUGGCGGCUGCGGCGCCUCCAGGUGCUCAACCUCGCCGGCAACUCCCUCCGUGGCCGCCUGCCGGCCACCUUCCCCGAAGGGCUGAAAAGCUUGGACCUUUCCGGGAACCGGCUGAGCGGGGCAAUCCCGCCGGCGCUGGGGAGCUGCGCCGCGCUCCGGCGCCUGUGCCUGUCCUCCAAUUCGUUGGCUGGAACCAUCCCGCCGCGGAUUGGGGAGCUCGCGCGUCUCCGGGUUCUGAACCUGUCCGGGAACAGGCUCACUGGCGGCGUGCCGCCGGCGCUCCUCCAUUGCGGAAGCCUCGUCCGGAUGGAUCUCAGCGGCAACUUGCUCCACGGCCGGCUUCCCUCAGGCCUCGCGGAGCUCAAGAACCUGAAAUUUCUCUCGUUGUCCGGCAAUAAUUUCAGCGGUGAGAUACCUUCCGGUUUGGGCCAGCUGGGGUCGCUGGAAUUUCUUAAUCUGUCCAACAAUUCUCUGUCAGGGGUGGUUCCUGUUGAUCUUGUGGCACUGCGAAAUCAAACUGUUUUACUGCUUGACAACAACAAACUAUCUGGGGAGGAGGAGAUAACUGCUGGUGUUAAUGCUGCUGCUGCCGCCUCACCAGUUCAUGUAGUUACUGUUCAUUCAGUUACAGGUGAACUGUUUCCUGUUUCUCCUAUGCCAACAAUUAUCCGUGAGCUGACUGAGACAAGGCCAGGCACUUCUAAUGGCAGCCCCAGCAGCAGCAGUAGCAGCAAUGGUGAUGGUGGCUUGGGUAUCAAAGAGAUUGUUGCCAUAGCUUCAGCAUCAGCCAUUGUUGUGGUUCUGUUAGUUGCACUCACCCUGUGCAUCUGCACAAGGAAAUGGCCUCAGAGAGCAUCAAAGCGCUCUUUUAGGGGAAGGGAAAUCAAGAUUUUCGCCGAUGUUGAAAUUGGAGCCCCCCUGACAUAUGAGACUGUGGUCCGCGCCACUGGGAAUUUCAAUGCUAGCAACUGCAUUGGCACCGGCGGCUUUGGCGCGACAUACAGAGCCGAGGUGGCACCUGGAGUUCUUGUGGCAAUAAAGAGGCUUGCUAUUGGGAAGCAGCAUGGCGACAAGGAGUUCCAAGCAGAAGUGAGGAUCCUUGGGCAAUGCCGUCAUCCUCAUCUUGUCACUCUCUUGGGAUACCACAUCAGCGAGUCGGAGAUGUUUCUGAUAUACAACUAUCUGCCAGGUGGCAACCUGGAAAGGUUCAUACAAGAGAGGGGUAAGAGGCCAAUCAGCUGGAGAAGGCUUCACAAGAUUGCUCUGGAUGUUGCUCGUGCGCUUGCGUACAUGCAUGACGAAUGCGUCCCCCGCAUUCUGCACCGAGAUGUCAAGCCAAACAACAUAUUGCUUGACAAUGAAUGCAACGCCUACCUUUCUGAUUUUGGAUUGGCGAGGCUUCUCCGGAACUCAGAAACGCAUGCGACAACGGAUGUUGCUGGUACUUUUGGUUAUGUGGCUCCUGAGUAUGCAAUGACAUGCCGCGUGUCUGACAAGGCAGAUGUCUACAGCUACGGAGUUGUGCUGCUGGAGCUGAUUUCAGACAAGAAAACACUGGACCCAUCAUUUUCUCCAUAUGGAAAUGGUUUCAAUAUUGUCAGCUGGGCUGUGAAGCUUAUCCAAAGAAGCAGGGUUCGCGAGUUCUUCAUCGAAGGCUUGUGGGAGAAAGCCCCGCAUGAUGAUCUGGUUGAGUUCCUGAACCUGGCGGUCCGGUGCACGCAGGAGUCUCUUGCUUCUAGGCCCACAAUGAAGCAUGUUGUUCGACGCCUAAAGGAACUCCGACCACCUUCUUACUAG